AAUUACAAGAUUGUUGAUUAAUCAAUGUGCUCGUAAGAAACGCAACAACACGACAAAACUCUCCACCAAUGGCUUCUUCAGCAGCCAUCGUCUUCUCCGGUUCUCCUUUUCGACCAUCACAAAUCAAUAGCCACCGUGUUCCCCGUUAUGCAUCUACAUCAUCAGCCUUCGUUGUCUCUCUCCGUCGACGCGGGACCUCUUCCCGGUCCCGCGUCAAAGCGGCUCUGAUAGAACCGGACGGAGGGAAACUCAUGGACCUCGUCGUGGAGGAAUCGAAACGGCGCGUGAUGAAACGCGAGGCGGAGUCGGUUACCGUAAGGAUCAAGCUGAACCGCGUGGAUCUCGAGUGGGUACACGUGCUAAGCGAAGGCUGGGCGAGCCCGCUCCGAGGCUUCAUGAGACAGUCAGAGUUCCUCCAAACACUUCAUUUCAACUCGAUCCGGCUUGAAGACGGCUCCGUCGUCAACAUGUCGGUUCCGAUCGUUCUCGCGAUCGACGACGACCAGAAGAGUCGCAUCGGCGAUUCUGACCGAGUCACCCUCGUUGACUCCUCUGGUAACCCCAUCGCCAUUCUCAGCGACAUAGAGAUUUACAAGCACCCUAAAGAAGAACGUAUAGCAAGAACCUGGGGGACAACAGCACCAGGUCUUCCUUACGCAGAAGAAGCAAUCACCAGAUCAGGAAACUGGCUGAUCGGGGGCGAUUUACAAGUCCUGGAGCCGAUCAAGUACAACGACGGUCUUGAUCGGUUCCGUCUGUCUCCGUCUCAGCUUCGUGAGGAGUUCACGAAGCGUGACGCAGACGCCGUUUUCGCGUUCCAGCUUAGGAACCCGGUACACAAUGGUCACGCCCUUCUCAUGACCGAUACUCGAAGAAGACUCCUUGAGAUGGGUUACAAAAACCCUGUCUUGUUGCUUAAUCCACUUGGUGGAUUCACUAAAGCCGAUGAUGUACCUCUCAGCUGGCGUAUGAGGCAGCACGAGAAGGUGCUUGAGGAUGGUGUUCUUGAUCCAGAGACUACAGUGGUCUCCAUCUUUCCAUCUCCGAUGCACUAUGCUGGCCCCACCGAGGUUCAGUGGCAUGCCAAAGCUAGGAUCAACGCGGGAGCCAAUUUCUACAUUGUUGGCCGUGAUCCGGCAGGUAUGGGCCAUCCAACAGAGAAGAGGGAUCUAUAUGAUGCUGAUCACGGGAAGCAAGUACUCAGCAUGGCUCCAGGACUCGAACGCCUCAACAUUCUUCCCUUUAAGGUUGCUGCGUAUGAUACAACUCAGGGGAAAAUGGCUUUCUUUGAUCCUUCCAGGUCUCAAGACUUCGUCUUCAUAUCAGGAACCAAGAUGCGUGGCUUGGCGAAGAAGAAAGAGAACCCACCAGACGGUUUCAUGUGUCCCUCUGGUUGGAAGGUGUUGGUUGAUUAUUACGACAGUCUCAACGCAGAGUCUGGUAAUGGAAGGGUUUCAGAAGCUGCCAUUUCUGCUUGAAUGCAGUGAUUCCGUGUCCCACAAGUUCGCAUUUCAUGUUCAAUAGUACCACUUGCGCACAGAAGCUUCUGUUUGUGUAUCAAAAAGCUUCCCAAAUAAAACCACUGUAAGAUUGUACUGUGUGUUCUGUUCUCUGCGACAAGAGAUUUGUACCAUAUUUGUGUAUUGUGGCUUAAAAAAAAACACU